AUGUCGAGUGCCGUUCAAACUAUUGUCACCAGCGUUGAAGGGCGUUUCCUCCUCCUCGGGUGCACCGAUGGUCUCAGGGCGUAUGAUAUCCAACCAACGGGGGUGGUGAAAAAACUAAUUCCAAGUCCUGGCGAGACGCCAGCACCUCGCGGUUGCCGCGCGGUGGGAGGCCCCGUUCGUGCAGCUGCUGUCCUUGGGCAAACCCCACUGCUAGCAUUUGCUCUCGAAGGUGGCGUGGCCCCCGAGUUAGUUUCCGAACAAGCGGUGGAGGGAGCCGUAGUAGGUGGCGAGUCGACCUCAUCUGUAGCAUCGACCUCGCGCGUUCUUUACUUGUACGAUGCGGCUAAGAGUCAGACAAUGGCGGAGCUGCACUUUGAGACCGCAGUUGUGGGAAUUAAGAUGAACGUCCGACGUUUGGUUGUCGCAUUGGUGGAGUGCAUACACGUUUUUGAUCUUACAACGCUGGAGCACCUUGCGGAGUUGCGCACGGCAUCUCCGCCCAAUCCAAAUGGUCUCCUUGUGCUCUCAGAACUGACGACGAACGUCCGUGGCGAAGCCGUCAGUUACUUGGCUUUCCCACAGUCAGACCAGGGCUACGGGGAUGUAUGGGUGGCUCAAAUCGCGGAGACGCAGAUGGACCAUAACGGCGAAUGCAGUGGUAAGGGGAACACCUUUUGUGGAGAGCGGUGCGGUUUUGUUGAGCGCGUGUCUAUUGUGAAGGCACAUCAUCGCGCGGUGGUGUGCCUGGCGAUGACGCGAGACGGCACGAGACUCGCCACCGCCUCUGAACGAGGUACCACUGUGAAGGUCUUUGAACCUUCUUCUGCCCGGUUGUUGUACCAUUUUCGCCGUGGCGUGAAGGUCGCACGGAUGCUUUCUCUCUCGUUUGAUCCAGCCUCUGCUCUGUCGGGGUUGCGGCUUGCUGCUCUGAGUAACCGGGGAACGCUGCAUGUUUUUCGAUGCUCUUCCGCAGGUGGAAGUGAGGUGGUGACCCCGGCGCCAGCCCUAUUAUACACGGGCUUGGAAUUACGGAGCUUUGCCCAGGCGACGGUUGGUAAGGCGUCCGCCGCGUCGUCUGCGCCACCGGGUCUUGGAUUGGACGACAAGACAGGAUGCGAAGUGCAGUGUUGCUUUUUUUCUGAGAAUGAACGUUUUGUAUUUGUCGUGCUCCCGGAGCCGUGUGCGCUGGGGGAGGAUGCCGCUUGUGCACACGAGGAAUGGAGUGGCGGCGCCUCGUUACUGCACGAGCAGAGCGGAGUCGUCACUUCUCGCUGGACGCUGCAGAAGUACCGCAUCCACAUGCACGAGUGCACGCUCGUGGAUUCGUACGUGCUGAACUGA